UGAAUUCAACGUCGUUUAUCGUUUUGCACUCUUUGCAUUAUUUUAGUUAUUGAAUCAAUAGUCACUUCAAAGGCCGCGCACACAUAUUUUUCGCCAGUUAUCAAUGUGGACUUUGUUGUUGUGCUGACUUUUCAACCUUGCAACCGGAAAUGUCAGCUGAAUGCGCAAAAAGAAUUCGAAAUUCGAGAUUCGGAACGAAGUGUGCGACUAUAAACCCAUAAAGGAAUAUAAAUUUCGGAAGCAGCGAUGAAAAAUUUAAACAAAAAAAGUGAAUAAAUACAAGUAAAUAUUAUUCUGAGGUUGUACUUGUUUUUGCGCGCAUAAUUUCAGAGCAACGCAACAAUGGAAAUAAACAAAUAAGUUCGAGUUUUUUAUAGCGUACUAUAAAAGCUUAGGUUGGGUGCCGGUAGUAGCAGUAGCACGAUCGCAGCCAUAUUGGGAGCACCACCCCAAAAAGGCAGCACCAAAAAAGUAAUCUAUCCACGUACCACAACAGGCACGUAACACAUAAAAUGCGCUACACUACUUUCUUUUUGCUCGCAGUGGCAAUUGCGGUUGUUGCGGCAACUCCACUUAAGCGUACGAGCACUCACCAGCGGCAGCGAGUGCAUUCAGCGCGGCAGCUGCUGGCAACCACCGCACAGCCAGUGCAAGCUAGAACCGGUUACCCGGCAGCCGGCUUUCGGCCACACAUAGCCUUUGAGUUGCCAAAUGAACGCAAAACGACAGAGUUGCCAACAGUGAGCAGCACGUCAGCGCCAGCUGAUGAAGUUACAACCGCGCAAACCGAAGACGCCGCUGGCUCGGAUGAUGUACCUAUUGAUAUUGAGCUGAUUGUCGAAGAUGCAGGCGAAGCGGUGAAUGACGAAAAAUUCGCAACCACAACCGCAACACCGAAGAGCGACGCUGAAAACGAAGUUGAGUUGCAAGUGGAUUUUAAGCAAGAAAGCGCAGCGGCAGCGGUAGAAACGCACACGCCCGCAAUCGAAUAUGGACCACCUGAGGACGAUGCCGACACCGUCGUUGAACCCGCAGAGCACUUUCAACCACCCAAUAAAGAUGCCGAAGAAUUUGCCGCCAGCAAUCCCACAUUCGACGCAGAAGUGGCCGUUGUUGCUGGCAGUGCUGCCACUAAUGUUGACGCUGAUACUACCGCUCAGCCUGUUGCUGAUUUUCCGGCAGUGGAAGAGGCGCGCUUCACGCCUACUGUGGCGUCGAGCAAUGACGACAACGCUGGCGCAGCUCCCAUUGAUGUAAUUAGUGAAUUGGAUGCUGCUGCAGCGCCACAACCAAUACCAGCCGCAACUUACGGUCCACCAACCGGCGUGGAUGAAGCGGAAUCACGCUUGCCGGCGGAGACAUAUGGCGCUCCUGGCGUUGUUGCGGUCGUGCCACACGAGUUUGAGGAGGAAGACUUUGGUGUGGAGUUGAACGAGUUGGAGCCAGCGGCUGCCGCCGAAGAUGCGGAAUUGUCGGCAGAACAAAUUGAAUUGCUCAGUGGACUUAGUGAAUUGCAGAGCGGACGUUUGAUUUUCGUACCCGCAGAUGGUGGCAAUUUGCGUCAGAUCUUAUUUGCAGCGUCACCACAACAGCGGCGCGCGAAUAGGAAUGGUCGUUUACUUCGUUUUUAGAAUAAGACUGUAAACGUAAAUUUGUUUUCGGUUUUUCAAUAUGGAUUGCCUUAUUUAUAUAUAUGUGUAGUACUUAUAACUAAAGAUUUGUGUAAAUAAAAGCUAAAGCACACUCU